GGAGGGAAACUAUAAAGCGCCCCGGGGCGCUGACCAGGGCCAGUUGCUGCGUCUCCAUCCCGAAGAGCCGCGGCUGCGGAGGCGGAGCAGGCGGAGGCGCGGGACCCACGCCCUCGGCGAUCGCCGGCUGGGCCAGCGCUGCCUCCCGCUCGCGCGGGCCUUCAGGUCACCCCAGCCCGAGAGCCCGGAGCCGAGAUGGAAACGAUCCAGGAGCUGAUGCCUCUGGCCAAGGAGCUGAUGGCCCACAAGCCCAGCCGCAAGCUGGUGAAGCUGUACCUGCUGGGCGGCGUGCUGGCCUUUCUCGGCGCGGUGCUCGGCCUGAUGGAGACCGUGUGCAGCCCCUUCACGGCCGCCGGCCGCCUGCGGGACCGGGAGGCCGCCGUGGCCGAGCUGCGGGCCGCCCGGGAGCGAAAGGCGCCCCCGGAGCCGGCCCGGCUGGAGAAGGACAAGCGGCGGCAGGCGGGCCGGGGCUGCCGGGCCCUCUCCCACCGGCUGCACGCCUCCUAGGAACCCUGCGGGGCCGCGGAGGGUGGCGGAGAGACGGCGAGGAGAGCGAGCCAGAGCGUCGCCUUACGUUUGGACUUGCUUCUGAGAAGCCCCUGAGUGCUAGAACUGAACUGUCACUCGGAUCCACCCAAAGGCGUUUGGGAUUGAGUUUUGCUGCUGUGCAGCACCGCGGAAGGCCCAGUCCAGAACGAGGCACCUGAGCCGAGUUAUCUGGCCCUUUGCACUAGGCUGAGAAGUGCUGUCUACGUUAUUAUUGUUACACUGUGAUGAUGAUGGUGUUAUGAUGAUAAUGAUUUCAGUGAACACCCUUGUGCAUUUUGAAAUAAAAACCGUUUUGUACUUUA